GGUGCAUUGUUUUUGAGUUUUUAAAGGGAGGGAUGUGGGGGGGGGGUGUCUUACCGGUGACCCCCACCCCUCCACCCCUCAUUGUUUAGGGGAAUAGGUUGCCAGCCCCCUUUUGUUUACCUCCCUCUCCCGCUUUCCCUCUCGCUGCGCUGUUUCUCCUUUUCACCGCAUUUUGCAUGAAAGUGGCAAUCUGUGAGGAUUACCCAGCUUGAGGGCUAAAAAGAAAAGAGAGAGAGAAAAAAAAAAAAGGAUACUGUAGCUUGGGUGCUGAUUUUGACUCAAGGCAGAACUGAAGACAUGGGCUCCGUUUCAAACCAGGAAUUCCCAGGAGUGUGUAAGACCGAGGAGGAUGAAGGACCGAGCACCGAGGAGGGUUCACAGUCUUUCCACGGGGUUGGCGUGUGUAAAUGGUUCAACGUCCGCAUGGGCUUCGGGUUCCUGUCCAUGACCAACCGAGAGGGAGUGCCACUCGACGAACCGGUUGAUGUAUUCGUCCAUCAGAGCAAGUUGCACAUGGAAGGCUUCCGCAGUCUGAAGGAAGGUGAGGCGGUCGAGUUUACCUUCAAGAAGUCAUCAAAGGGCCUGGAGUCGCAGAGAGUUACCGGACCAGGUGGCAUCCACUGUGUUGGUAGUGAAAGGAGACCCAAAGGCAAGAAGGUCCAGAAGCGACGUUCAAAGGGCGAUAGGUGCUACAACUGCGGAGGCCUUGACCACCACGCCAAGGAGUGCAAGCUACCACCCCAGCCCAAGAAGUGCCAUUUCUGCCAGAGCAUCGACCACAUGGUUGCCAACUGCCCAAUCAAAGCACAACAGUCCUCACCGGGUUCUCAGGGAAAACCUUCCCCCUCGAAAGGAGACGAGGAAGAGCACAGCCACUCGGCACUGCCUCCCGAAACCUCUGAUUAAACGAGAAAUUGGGCAACACUGACACCGGGAAAGCACAGAGGCCAAUCAAACUGCUUUGAUGGAGAGAUGGGAUAUCCCCUUCCACCUGUUGAAGCUGCUUUUGGAACUACCUCAGGUUAAAAAGAAAAAAUGCUGAUGAAGAAUGUUGCUUAAAUAUUUUUUUUGUUUUCAUUUGGUGUAACACUCAGGAAUACUGCUGUAUUAUUGCACUCAGGACGCUUUCUAAAUGUUUGAAUCACUGCUGUUCGUUGAGGGGUUUGAGAUUGUAAUGAGCAAUGCUAUAUAACGGAUUAUCUUGAUGAGUUUUUUUGUAGAGUCUGUGUUUUCUUUUAAGCAAUGCUCUGCCUCCCCUGUAGGCAUUAUACCUCAUUUAUUUUUUACCUAGUCAGUGUGUUUAGGAUAGAGCUACACUUUUGCUGCCUUACCAAUAAGUCUCCUUCCUGACUGUUACACCUCACUAUCCGACAAGACAGAGAUGUGACAGUUAGUACCUCUGUGAUGAAUGUUACUUUGCAUAUGGCAUGGGGAACGGGAGGGUACGUUUAAAAAAAAAACAAAAAAAACAAAAAAAAAACAUGGGACGGGUUUAAGGGUAUAGCUAUAGGCGAUAUAUUGGCAUCUGCCAAUAUUGCAAUUGACCAUCCAGUAAUCCUGGGGCCAAAUGAAUGUCAGACCAGAAGUGGUUUCCAACUUUUGGUCAGAGUUAUUUUUAUUUUUUUUGUUUGUCAUUUUCAUUAUUUUCAUCUUGUGUUUUGCUGGCUGUCUAAAGCUGCACAGUCUACCUCAUUGGUGCAUGUUUGAUCUGCUACUAAAACCGUCAUUCUAACCACUGACGGUAAACCAAAUAUUCUCAAAAUACAGAUAUGGAGUUUGUGAUUUGAACUGAGAUUAACUCAAAUCCUUUUUUUGCACUACACUAUUUACACAGCAUUGCCAUUAAAUCUUGGGUGUGGUCAGAGGCUCAGGAUCUCUUGAAUCCCACACCCAACGUCACAGCUAGAUGUGGUCAGGUGUGUGCGAUCUGUUGUACCUGGGUGUGUGAUUAUAGUACCAUGCUAUAUCACAGCUUGACAUGUUGUCGCCACUAUUUUGCAGGGAAACCAGAUGGUUAAACUGGAUGUAGUAGUAGUAGUCUCAACCAGAGAUGGCAGCAAAACACUGCUUUUCAGCCUGGUGCUAAGUUAGUCUUUCUGGCAGCUGGAAGCAUGAUGUUGGUCAGCUUUCUAUCAAUAGUAUAUUCUCUUUUAUUGGCUGCUGUGUGAAAUACUUCUGCUUUUCUAAAUACCUCAACUAAACAACACCACCUCAUAACUUCUAAUAAUAUACUUGAUCUGGACUGAGUUACCGAGUGGUCCAGCUAGCUCUCCUCUUGAUACUUGAAUAAAAUGAGGCAGAAUCAGCCAUGAUGUUGCCAGUAGAAAGGCUGGUGUUUUUGUUUAUAUCCAGCGUGAUCCAUUUCUAGGUAGUUAUUUAAGACAUUACCUCCCUAUGACCCUUAGUAGGGUAAUAGCUCAGGAACACCAAGCCUGCAUGGAGGAGCAUGUAGAACUAGCUAGCUAAUCAGCAUUUUACUCCCGUUUUACAGGAGAAGCUGACAAGACUUUUACACCCAAUUAAUAUAUACGUAAAAUUAUUCUAAAUCCUUUUUUUUAAAGAAAAAAAUCAUACUACUUAUUUAUUUUCAUCCAAGAGUGCUGCCGCUUCUCCUCCUGCUCCUUUUUUGAAGCCUCUCAGCAAUGAAUGGUUGACAUCAAAAAACUGCCAGAUGUCGUUCAAAGCUCCAUAUGACUUGAGAAUAUAUUUGGGUAACACACUUUUAACAUCAAGGUACUUGUAUUACUUUGUACAUAUGUGCUUGAUAAAUCAGUCAUUGUCCUUUUUAACAAUAAUUCAGUGCAGUAUGAAUACAGUGUAACAGUAAUAUAUUGCAACACAAGAGUAACCAUAUACUGUACAGUACAUAGUAUUGUGAGGACUGACUUUAACUGUGAGUUUGCUUUAUUUUCUUUGCCUUGUACAAUUAUUUUUUUUAAUUCUUUAUUUUUUUACGCACAAUGAGCCUUUCAGAAGAGAGUCCCAUUGCUAUUCGUAUCGUAUCUAUGCCAAAACCAAUGCAAUGUUACUCUGCACUAAUCAUGUGUAAGAUGCAUUAAGUUUUCUAUUCAGUUUAAUCUCUUUUUUGAAUAUAUGUUGCAUAUUCUAUAUUCUAUUUUUUUUUUUUUUUUUUGUUAGAUUUUUCAUACAUCACAUUGCAGUCAGUCGCUGGUUGGAAAAAGAAAUACCUCCGCUCUUUGGCUCAUCUCAGGAAUCACCAAUCUGAAAACUCAGGGAAUACUUCAGAUUGAUUGGAAGGAGUCGAGGAGUGUUUAUUGAAGACAAAGCAGGGACAGAAUACUCAUCCACAUGAUGUGAAGCAUAGGACAAAGAAGCCAGAGUAAAAUUGGUUUGGGAAUGUCUUGGUGCGACGAUUUCUCUUUUUACUUAGAAGAAAAAUAUUUGUAGAAAAAUACUACGGAUUGUAACCAAAAAAAAAGAAUGUCACACAUUAGACAAUGUGAAACAAUUAAGAUUGAGAUUCACCAUCUUUUUGACUCGUACUUUGUUUGCUUUCCAUGCAUCCAGUGUGAUGAUGAUCUUUAUAUUUUCACCUCUUUGACAUAAUUUGCCAUGAUAUGAUGUGAAGAAAAUGUUCCACUAUUAUUGUAUUUUUUCCUCUAUAAUCGUUGUAGAUGGGGAUGUAGUAGAAUAUUGUUAAAGGGACUGGGGCUGGUAGUAUAUAAUCUGGGGUUGUCUCAUCUCAACACAUGGCCGAUACUUGGUGUUUCAGACUAUCAAUGCUUAUGACAAAAAGAAUGUGUCAUCGAUGACUUAAUACUGAAAUAUUGUUUCACACUCUGCUCUAUGGUGGUGUUUUACACAUUUCCCAAGUUUAAGGGUUGCCGAAGCAAACACUGUUUUGAUCAUUUCACUCAGGAUACAAAAGGAUGAAGAGAUUGUUAAAGUAAGUGCUCUGAUUAGACAUAGUGGUUUACUUUUCUGUAUUUUUCUGUUUUCUGAAUUGACCACUUAUGAUUGCAGUGCCAGUGUUUCCACUGACCUGCACAUGUUCCUUUCUCGCCACUAAGAAAGGAAUACACAUAAAUAACUUUUGUUAUCAGUCUCUGUGAUUAACUUUCUUUCAAAUCCCUGAAACCACUGACAUAACUCAUCUGUCAAACUCUUAAAUUUGAUUCCGACACCCACUAUUUAGAUAAAAGGUUGAAUGACAGUUAAAGUGUUGUAUUGUAAUGUUUGCAAUAUUCUGCCGUACUUUGUGAUGUUUUCAAAGUAUUAUUUGGAAACUAAAAGUCCAUGGAAGACAUUCUGAUUGCAACAAACCUGUUUGACCCCUCAGUGGUGUGUUAUUGUGAUAUGAUUGUCGGGUGUUAGAUGGGUUAGAUAUACCUUUUUAAAAAAAGAAAAUCCAACGACCUGUGAAAGUAUGUGCUCAGGGUAACAUUUUGAAGAACAUCAGAGCGUUCUGUAUCACAGUUUGCUUUAUGUGGUACAUCUCGUUUGUGACCAUCAGCCAUUCAAUCUGUGAUGGAUCUUAUCAAAUUAACGGCUAGAGCUACUUCCAAAAAAAAAGUGCAUUUAUCACUGAUGAAUGUAUCGAUGUUGACUGCCAUGAAACUACAACUAUCUUGAACUAUCUUAUCUUGAUUUAAUGGCUAGUUUGUCAAUGAUGAGCAGCAUGUAGGCUUUUCAAAGUAUUACUGUGAUUAUGUUUCUAUAUGUAAAGAUCUGCUCCAUUUCCUAGUAAAUAUGUCAAUAUUCACGUGUCUCU